CACACACCUACACACACACACACACACAUGCAUAUAUGCAUUCAGUCGGUCGCUCUCACAGACACUAUUAACACGGCUCUGUGCUGAAAUAAGCAGCUAAAGAAGUGAAAACAGGUGGAAUUCAGACAACCUCUAGAACCGAAACACCAAACUAUCUCCCAGACAGAAGCAUGCAGCAGCAGUGGAUGUGUGUGGCUUUAUUAGCCCUGCUGGUCAUCACAGUGACACUGGCAGAUGGAGGUAAAACCGAGAAACAAGGUAAGAAGGAGCGUAAGUCAGACUGUGGUGAGUGGCAGUGGAGUGUCUGUGUGGCUAAUGAAGGCGACUGUGGUCUGGGCACUAGAGAAGGCACACGCAGCGGCAAUGACUGCAAACAGACCAUCAAAACCCAGCGCUGCAAGAUCCCCUGCAACUGGAAAAAACAGUUUGGAGGUGAGUGUAAGUAUGAUUUCCAGGCGUGGGGUGAGUGUGACUCCAGCACAGGAGUGAAGACACGCACUGGCAUGCUAAAGCGAGCGCUGAUGGACGCGAACUGCCCGGGAACUGUAAGUGCCACCAAACCCUGCGCAAAACCCAAGGGCAAGCUGCAAGACUCGCAGAAGCCAAAACGGGAAGGAAAGAAGGAGCGAAACCCAACAGACUAGAGGAGACGAGAAAUGAGUCACCUCGUCAUGCAGAACGUCUAGAACAGCCUUCACAUGAGGGAAAGAGAUUUUCAUUUCUGUCUAGUAGAACAUAUUUAGAUAUUUUAGAGUUUCAUCUUGUUAAAGUAAAAUGAAAUAUAGAUAAAAAUCAGAAGACAAAUGUAUCUACUAUAAGUCGCUGCUUAAACUAUAAUGUUACUAAACUAAUACUGGACAUUUAACUACUCAGUUUCAUCUACUCAUCCUCAUGAUGAUUUAAUCUCACAUGAAUGACUUUGAGGGUAGCUUGUUUGUAUUUCAUUGUCAUUUUCAAAUGACAUUGAAGUUCAUGUUAGAAGAAAGAGUUGAAAGAAUUGUUUGGAUGUACUGUAUCUUUACAUUAUGUUUGGAUUGUGUAGUAAAUAUUGCACAUUGUUCACUCACCAGGUGAGGGAUCCAGUAAUCAUCUUGACAUUUUUUUCUGUUUGCCUUUUUGUGCUUUUAAAUGUUGGAACAUUCGGCAGAAGUUAUGUGUAAUUCCAUUGAUUCAUCUCACUGGAAGAAGGUCAAGUGCAUUGCAUUGUGGAAAAUGCAAUUCAGUCUACAGAAAUGUGCAUACUCUGCACAAAAUCCUACAUACUUCAUGGUAGUAUGCGGUUUUGAACGUCGUGUUUUGAAGUGAAUUUGAUAUACAGAGCAUAUUUCUCCUGCUGUUCAACAAGACAAAUAUAACACCAGCUAAACACAUCAAUGCAGAAUAAUAUGAACGCAGAAAUGUAUUUAUCUUCAUGUGUGU